UACCUGAAUUUUCAUCCCCAGAAUUCUGAUGAUCUUCUGGUUGCAUCAGCUGAGUGUCCUAGUGAUGAUGAAGAUUUGGAAGAAUGUGAGCCCAGCACUGGAGGGGAGUUAAUAUUGCCCAUAAUAACUGAAGAUUCCUUAGAUACCCCUCCCAUUGCCACUCGCUCUCCCUUUAUACCUCCUCCCCCUACAUACCGAACUGUCCUUACUCUGGACACCACCAAAGAUUCCUUGAAUGUUCCUUCCAACCUGAGGCCACCAUGCCCUUCUGAGCAAGAAGAUAGUGAUUGCGAGGAGGGGAUAGAGGUUUCUGGUUAUGCCUCGGGGGAAGUAUUUGAAUCAAGUUUUCCUCCAACUGAUGAUGAGGACUUCUAUACCAGUUUUCCAUUGGUAACAGAAAGAACCCCACCAUCUAAACCAGAGAGGAGACCUCCUGGCUCUCGACCAAAUACAAAGUCAGGAGGCUCUACUUCCUCUCCUUAUGACCUUCUCACCUCCACCACAUCCCCAGACCUUGUCCGGAACAUCCCUGCCGGCAAAAUGAAUAACAGGGAACCCCCAAAACCCAACAUAGACCAAUACCCCCAUAUCCCUACCUCUUUUCAGCUGGACAAAUUAAAUAAGCAAAGAUUCCCAUCUAUUACAUCUUCCCCUAAUUUCCACAAUUUCCCUACAGCAAACCCUACAGGCUCAGGGGAGAAAGGAUCACCUGGAGCUGUGGAAGUUAUCAGGGAGUCCAGCAGCACCACAGGAAUGGUUGUGGGAAUUGUGGCAGCAGCUGCUCUUUGCAUACUAAUUCUUCUCUACGCAAUGUAUAAGUACAGAAACAGGGAUGAGGGAUCCUACCAAGUGGACCAAACCCGGAACUACAUCAGUAACUCAGCCCAGAGUAAUGGUGCUGUGGUAAAGGAAAAGACAGUGCCUGCCACUAAAACAGCUGGUAAAAAUAAGAAAAAUAAGGACAAGGAGUAUUAUGUGUAAGAGCCUAAAAUAGACUCUCCCAUCUGUGGGAGUGUGGUUGGUCAUCAUCAAACCAGCCAUUCAUUGAGGAAACCAGACUGACCCCUUGCUGUGACCAAUCAUUGACUAAGCAACAGUGACUAAAUUCCAGGUCAGCAGUUGGCUGUCACCCUAAUCAACCAACCAACGAACCCAAUGCUUAAACAACUACCAACUGUUACAAACCCAGGAAGGGUUUACAAGAUAUUAAUGUUUGGUCAGCUUUUUGAAUGUCAAUAAUUGCCAACUUAUUGUACUGAACCUACAGUCACCUACAUCAUACAUGGACAUAUCCACUGGUCUUCAAAUUUCCAAACAGUGGGUAAACUUUAACCAAUCUACUAAUUGACCAUGAUCCAGCCAUCUGAUGAAUCCACUCAGACCAAGAGAUGCCUCCAGUAACAACCAUGUGCUCAGUGUCUCACAUCUAAAUUUUUGAACGCAGUCUCAAAAUUAAAUGCAUCUCUUAUGCAUCGCUAAAUAUUUCUCUUCAUAUUCCUGUUUCCAUCUGGAGAAUAAAAAUAUCAAGAUUUCCUCUUGUGAUAGAAACGGUUUCAGAUUAUUAUAGAAAACAAAAACAAUAAUAACUAGACCUUGUUUACUGAUAAAGAUAGUACUGAGUAAAGGGACAUAGAGCAGAGACUUCCUUCCAUGAAGAGGCUAGUUGAAGUCAGGAGGGAUGGUACAUAGUGAUUAUUCAACUGUAAUUCCUUAAAACAUGGAGCCAUUGAGGGGAGAGGAUGGCAGCAUGUUAAGAGUAAAGACUUACAAAAAAAUGGAAUGAAGGCUAACAGAACUGGCCUUUGUUAUGCUCUCUAUGCUCUCCCCUCCCUUAUCCUAAUUUUCCCUAAAUGUCCUCUAUGCCCUCCUAAGAAUCAAGGUUAUUUCUAUUCUGGUUUGUGUGUUGUUGUCUUGGUUUUUUUGAACGCUGAGCCGUGCGUUUGACUUGUUUAUGGACUGAAUCUACUGCUCCACACCCCGAAGAAAACAAAACCUUACCACCCCAGAAUGUCUCCUUGAUACCCCUUCAAUCAAAAUAGACAGUAAUAAGGGGCUUGGGGUAUUGGGGCACAGAGCAUCAGAAUAUCAAUAAAGCAAAUGUUACGGCCUUGUAUAGGAGUGUUGAGACUGUUAAUGAAAAUAAGUUGUUAUGGAUUUUUUUUUCUAUUCUCUACCGGGACACAAUGUCCCACUACUAUAUGCU